ACUGUAAAGGGACAAUUUAUCCUGCUGCUGAAUGGAAACGCUUAGCUAACUGUGUGUUCAUAAACAUGGCAGCACAUCUGAAAAAGCGAGUUUAUGAGGAAUUUUCCAAAGUUGUACAGAUUCCACAUGAAGAAACUCCAGCCAAAAAGCUGCGUCUGUCCAAACCCAGUAAGUCUGCCGCUCUCCACAUUGACCUCUGUAAAGCCACCAAUUCCACCGAUGCCCUGCAGUACCUGCUGCAGUUUGCACGCAAACCUGUGGAGGCAGAGAGCGUGGAGGGUGUGGUCAGGAUCCUGCUGGAGCAUUACUACAAGGAGACGGAUAACUCUGUGAGGCUGAAGAUUGCCUCUCUGCUCGGCCUGCUCUCUAAAACGCAGGGCUUCAGCCCCGACUGCAUCGUUGACGAUGCCAUUAACACGCUCAGCAAUGAGAAGUCCCAUCAAGUUCUCGCCCAGCUGCUGGACACUCUGCUGGUCAUUGGUACGCAGCUGCCCGAGAGUCCUGCACUCAGACUGAGGCUCGUAGAGGUGGCCUACAAGCAUCUCUCUGAUACGUAUUUUGGGGUGAGGAAUAAGUGCCUACAGCUCCUGGGAUGUCUCGGCAUGGUGGACGCUCCUGUAGGAAAAGAAAACGAGGGCCCGGGCACAUCCUUAGGAGGAUUGAGGGAUGUCCAAAGCAUUAUCAGCGACUACUUUGGAGACCAAGACCCCAGAGUCCGCACUGCAGCCCUCAAAGCCAUGCUGCAGCUGCAUGAGAGAGGGAUGAAGAUUCAUCAGAUUAUUUAUGAUCAGGCCUGCAGGCUGCUCACAGAUGACUACGAGCAGGUCCGUUCUGCAGCAGUGCAGAUGGUUUGGGUGCUCAGUCAGCUGUACCCAGAGAGCAUCGUACCAAUCCCAUCGUCCAAUGAGGAGAUUCGGCUGGUUGACGAUGCAUUCGGUAAGAUCAGUCACAUGGUCAGCGAUGGCUCCUGGAUGGUUCGGGUGCAGGCCGCAAAAACAUUGGGUUCGAUGCUGCAGGUCAGUCCUCACUUCCUGGAGCAAACUUUGGAUAAGAAGUUGAUGUCAGACCUCAGGAGGAAGCGCACAGCCCAUGAACGAGCCAAGGAGCUCUUUGCUUCUGGAGAGUUCUCCUCUGGCAGGAAGUGGGCCGAUGACGCCCCCAAGGAGAAACUGGACACGAAUACAGUGAACCUCAUUGCCUCGGGGGCUUGCGGGGCAUUCGUCCACGGCCUGGAGGAUGAGAUGUUUGAGGUUCGUAUUGCAGCGGUGGAGGCGUUGUGCCACCUCGCUCGGUCAUCUCCGAGCUUCGCCGAGAAGUGUCUCGACUUCCUGGUCGACAUGUUCAACGAUGAGAUUGAGGAAGUGAGGCUGCAGUCCAUCCACGUGCUGAGAGAAAUCUCCACCCACAUCACGCUCAGAGAGGACCAGCUGGACACGGUGCUGGCCGUGCUGGAGGACUCAUCUCGAGACAUCAGAGAAGCUCUCCAUGAAUUACUGUGUUACACCAACGUCUCCACUAAAGAGUGCAUCCAGCUGGCUCUGCUGGAGCUGCUCAAGAACCUGAACAAAUAUCCCACCGACCGCAACUCUGUCUGGAAGUGUUUGAAGUUCCUGGGAUCCCGCCAUCCUACGCUGGUGUUACCGCUGGUUCCUGAACUGCUCAGCACACAUCCAUAUUUCGACACGCCAGAGCCAGACAUGGACGACCCAGCCUACAUCGCUGUCCUGGUGUUGGUGUUCAAUGCUGCCAAGUCGUGCCCCACCAUGCCAGCGCUGUUCUCCGACCACACCUUCAGACACUACGCCUACCUGAGGGACAGCCUCUCUCACCUCGUGCCGCCGCUAAGAUUGCCCGGCAGGAAGCAGGUGUACGGUCUCGACUCUGUGGACUCGGGUCCGGGUUCUGGUUCUGUGGAAUCUGCUCAGCUCUUCCUUCAACAGAGUCUCAAUAGAGUCAGCACCAUCCAGAACCUGGAGGCAUCUGGAGCCCAGGACCUGCUGGACUUGACCAUAAGAGACCUGCAGCGGCUCGGGGAGCUGCAGACGGAGCUCGCCGGAGCUGCUGAUUUCUGUGCUACAUACCUGCGCUGCCAGCUGCUACUAAUGAAGGCUCUGCAGGAGAAGUUGUGGAACAUGGCCGUCCCUCUGUGCCUCAAACAAAACGUCACAGCCACAGCAGCGGCUCAGCAGAUCUUGGAGGAAACCUACAAGCUGGAGUUUCUGUACAGCGGCUUGGAGAGCAGACAGGUGGCCACCAUACAUCAUGUUCGACUCCAGGCCAAAGCUCUGCAGCUCGUCCUGACUGCUCGCACCAGACAGGGGUUGGAUCUCCUCAUCGGCAGCUGUGAGAGGUUUUUGCAGGAUGUUGAGUCUUUUCAGAGGCUGUUUCUGACCGAGCUGCCACACCUCCAGGACAGUUUUGUGGAUAAGCUCUUGGAGCUGAUGCCGCGCCUGUCGUCCUGUAAGCCAGUGGAGCUGGUGAAAAUCCUGCAGACGACCCUGAGACAGAGCGGCCUGCUGCAGCUCAGACUGCCCGAACAGAUCCAUCGGGCGACGGCGACCAUCAUUGAGCCAACAGGUGAGUCUGACAACCCGCUGAGGUUCACGUCUGGCCUGGUGGUGGCGUUAGACAUUGAUGCAACGCUGGAGCAUGUCCAGGACCCCCAGAACACGGUGAAAGUUCAGGUUCUGUAUCCAGACGGCCAGAGUCACGUGAUCCAUCCUAAACCUGGAGACUUCAGAAAGCCCGGACCCCACAGACACCGACUCAUCACGCAGGUUUACCUCUCACACACAGCGUGGACAGAGCCAUCUCAGAUCGAGGUGCGUCUCCUGCUGGCCUACAGCUCCUCCUCAACCUCCCUGACCUCCCCUUCCAAGCUGGGGUGGAGCGAGAGCUUGGAGAGCCUCCCGCCAGCAGAGGCUGCCGUCGAGGGAACCAUUCCGUUUAGCAAAGCCGUUAAAGUCUUCAUCAUGCCCAAGCCCGCACGACGCUAACGCCUCACAGCUUAAACGUGCAGGACUUUUCUUCUUCUUCUGUUCAUUUCUAAUUCGAACUGUACAGGACACCAUCGUGUUUUCUCUUUGAGACACUUGAGAUGUGGGAAACAGGAAGCACUCUUAUUACGGUAAAGCUGUAGGAAGCACAAGACUGGGUUUUAUGGAAAAUGCGUUUUGUAUUCAAUUAUAAAGAAAAAAGAGAAAGUCAGGUGAUAAUGUUUCAAUCUGUACUUUUAUUUUGUCACAUGAUGAAUCAAACUGAACUCCUCCCUGUUUAGACAGCAGGUAACAUCCAUAGAUUUCAGGGUUUAUAACGUGUUGCUGCAUCUAAAGUCAAAUCUACAAAAGCUUUCUAAGAUGCCACUAAGAUUCUUUUCUGCCACCAUCUUAAAAAAAACUUUUCAUAGAGAGAAGGUGACUCGAUUUGUGAAUUCUGUUGUUUAAGAUGUUCAUUUACUUAAAGAUUUGACUCUGUUAA